AUGUUUCGAGCCCAGCAGAAUGCUUUCGACGACGCCGUCGCCAAAGCGACCGACGAGAAUCUAACAGCCGAAAACUGGGAAUUCAUACUGGAUGUUUGCGAUAAGGUCAACAAUGAAGAAUCGGGUGCCAAAGAUGCCGUUGCGGCGUUGAUUAAGCGGUUGGCGCACCGGAAUGCUAAUGUGCAGCUUUACACACUCGAGCUAGCGAAUGCUCUCGCGCAGAACUGCGGUCUGAAGAUUCAUCGCGAGCUAGCGUCUCGAAGCUUCACGGAAGCGUUAUUGCGACUGGCCAACGAGAGAGUCAAAUCCAAGAUCCUGGAGCGCAUGGAGGAAUGGACGGAGAUGUUUUCUAGCAAUCCAGACUUUGGCAUUAUGGAGCAAGCUUAUAUGAAGCUGAAGACGAGCAACCCCAAUCUUCAACCACCAUCGAAGCCGACCAAACGUCAAAUCACCGAUGUCGACCGACAAAAAGAAGAGGAAGAGCUCCAGAUGGCGUUGGCACUUUCGAUCAAGGACAAACAGACAGCAGAUGUCGUCCCUUCAUCAAGCGCAGCUACCGUAGCAGCAGUCUCCAGCCAGCCGGAAUCUUCGAGUACAGUGUCACAAGGCAUUCCACCCGGAACAACGGCAGCUACAGUUUCGCGAGUCCGAGCAUUGUUCGAUUUUCAGCCUUCCGAGCCAGGUGAACUUCAGUUCCGCAAGGGCGAUAUCAUUGCGGUAUUGGAAUCUGUUUACAAGGACUGGUGGAAGGGUUCUUUGCGUGGACAGACUGGGAUUUUUCCGUUGAACUAUGUCGAGAAGCUUCCGGAUCCUACGCCGGAUGAUUUGCAGCGUGAAGCGCAAAUGGAAGGAGAGGUGUUUGGACAGAUCAAAAACGUCGAAAAGCUGUUGACUCUUCUCAGCACGAGUAGCUCGGAGCUAAACGUUCGUGAUAAUGAAGAAAUUACGACGCUCUAUCAUUCCACGCUUGCUAUCCGACCUAAGCUUAUUGAACUUAUUGGCAAAUAUUCUCAAAAGAAAGAUGAAUUCACACAGCUCAAUGAAAAGUUCAUCAAAGCCCGCAGGGAUUACGAGGCUCUCUUGGAAGCUUCAAUGUCGCAUCCUGCUCAGCCUCAGUAUGGCAGACCUCCUCAGCAGGCUUAUGGAUAUCCCCCAACAGGAGCAGCACCACAAGGCUAUCCUCCAUCUCACCCAGCCGCGCCAGUUGAUCAUCAACAAUAUUAUAGCACUCGACCUCAAGAUUCACACACCCCUCAGCCCGCUGGCCCAGGUCACUAUGCGGCAGAUCCAUCGCGACCGUACCCACAAACAUCCCAGUCACCGGAUCCACGCAACCAGACUCCGCAGCCAUUCCAGCAACCUCCUCAACAACCGCCAUCGGAACCCUACCAGGCCCUGCACCAUCGUCCCCAAUCAACAUAUGAACACCCUCAAGAACUAGGAACUUCCGUCUAUGACUCACCCGUGGAACAACGGUACCCAUUUCACCCCGCAUCUGCACCUCCACAGCCACCCCAGCAACAGCCAGGAACCGACUAUCCUACACCUACAGACGAGCAACGACCACCUAUGACCAACCAGCAAUACCCAUCCCAACCACCCCAAGUCCAACAAUAUGCAUCACAACCUCCCUAUCCGACAUCAGCAACCACACAACAUCCCCCGCCGAUUCCGACAGCUUAUGGGCCGGGAAGGGAGUCCGUCGAGAUCAUGAUGGAGGCUGAUUGGGAUGAGGUGUCGCGAAUUGCGGUGCCGCCUCCGAGCCCGCAUGUUCUCCCAACCAUUGCAACAGCUAUUGCAUUCGACGAUCUUCAGGAGCUUCUAUGGGCUGGCAACGAAUAUGGACGAAUCACGUCUUUCUACGGUCCCGAGCUUCAAAGGUACACCUCAAUACGAGCACAUCCGGUGUCAGAAGGCGCUGUACGACAGUUCCUAUUCCAUGAAAAAGGCGUGAUAUCUCUCUCGUCAAGGAGUGUUCAUAUGGUCACGCGUCGAGGCCUAACUCAAUGGCAUGUCACACAUCCUGAUAUGGCCGACCUUCGUUGCAUGAGCUUCACCGCACAAACAAACCGUAUCAUCGUCGCCGGCUGUCAGAAAACAAUGUUCACGGUAGAUAUCGACAAGGGCGUCAUCAUCGAUACUAUACCAACGGAUGUCAACUAUACUAUCAUGAAGAGAAGUCGAUAUCUUUGCUGCGCAACAGACACGGGCUCGGUGAAUGCACUCAGCUUGGCAGAUUUCAAAAUUGUGAAAUCUUGGAAGGCACACGGUGCGGCAAUCAAUGAUAUGGACGCACGAAACGAUUUUCUCGUUACUUGCGGCUUUUCCGUGCGACAUUUGGGGGCUCCGAUUGUUGAUCCACUGGCGAAUGUAUACGACCUGAAGACACUGACUCCAUUACCCCCGAUACCUUUCCAUGCGGGAGCAGCGUAUGUACGCAUGCACCCUCGAUUACAUACAACCAGUUUUGUAGCUUCCCAGUCCGGGCAGCUACAGGUAGUGGAUUUGAUGAACCCCAACACAAUCAACCUUCGCCAAGCGAAUGUCAACUUUAUGUUAGGUUUGGAGAUUUCGCCGUCCGGUGAGGCGCUUGCGAUCAACGACGCGGAAUGUUCUAUUCACCUAUGGGGAUCACCCAGCAAGAUUCACUUCAAUGAAAUGAGCAAAGAGACAGAAUUUGCCGACGUGCCACCGCGGCCGCCAAUAAUCGAUUGGUCCCCGGAGACCCCAUUGAGUAUGAUCGGAAUGCCUUACUACAACGAGCGACUAUUUUCAGCUUGGCCUAGUCAUCUGGUGUUUGACAUUGGAAGCCCGCCUGCACCAGUUGACCCUGCUAUUAUUCCUUAUCUACGGCCAGCUGAGAUCGGGCACUAUGCUGCGAAUCCAAAGAAAGGACGACGUUAUCAGAUCGAGAACACACGUCAAGUGAUGUCUACAGAGCCUGCUCUGAUAGCACCGAAGUUUUUGAGUGAGAAAGCUCGUGAAUCACCUCGAAGCAAGCCAGAUGCGGCCCUUGGGGAUGUUUCUAGUGCAUUAGCUAGCGCAAAGAUUGGUGCUGAAGUGGAAGAAGACCCACUACUGAAAUACAGCAAUGUCGAAAUCAAAUACAGCAAGUUCGGAGUUGAUGAUUUCGAUUUUAGGUUCUACAACAAAACUACAUUCUCGGGCCUAGAGACCCAUAUAGCGAAUUCCUUCACUAACUCACUGCUCCAACUAUAUAAAUUCAUUCCGUUGAUGCGGAAUUUUGCGCUACAUCAUGCUGCAAGCAGUUGUCUGUUCGAAGAUUGUCUGCUGUGCGAAAUGGGAUACCUUUUCGACAUGCUAGAUAAAGCAAAUGGUCAAAAUUGCCAGGCUACAAAUCUUCUGAAAGCUUUCAGCAAUUCUCGGGAAGCCUCAAAACUAGGGCUAUUGGAGGAGAACCUGACAAAUAAGGCGUUGUCUGGCGCUAUCCAAUCAGUCAAUCGGUUUAUUUUGAACCAAAUUUCAAACGAACAUCGUGCGGUUGCUCCUGACUCCGAUGAUUUGGACCGCAAUUUGACUACGGUGGCAUCGGAAUCGGUUCGAUGCAUGUUCUGCCGGAACGAGAUUGUUCGACCAGGAAAUGUCUUUGCCAACGAGCUCAUCUACCCUGUUCCGGAUGCAAAGCAAGUACGAAGGAUUCCUCCAAUCAAAUUCUCUUCGAUUCUGAAGUCGUCCAUUGAGAGAGAAACUCAAAACAGAGUUCAUCGCAUGCCGCCGGUCUUGAUGUUGAACACAGGCCAUACAACGCCAUAUCUCCGCCAAGUAUGGGCCAGUCCAGGGUGGCUGCCUGAAGAAUUGGGUCUCAUUGUCGACAACGGACAAUUACAUUGCUUUGAAGGCGAUGCACUUCGAAGCCGAGUGCAAAGUAGAACUCCAGGGCUGGUUAUAUACGAACUCGUUGGAGUUGUGGCUGAGAUCAAUAUUACCGAGCAUCAAAAGCCACAUCUUGUAUCUUUUAUCAACGUUAAUGUAUCUGCACGUGAGCCUGAAGACAAGAGUAAAUGGCAUCUCUUCAACGAUUUUCUCGUUACCGAAGUGAGCCGGGAUGAGGCUUUGAAAUUCACUGAGCCUUGGAAAGUGCCCAGUGUUGUGGCGUACCAGGUGAAAGGCGCAAGGCACAACCUCGAUGAUUCAUGGAAGGACAAGCUUGACACCACAUUGUUGUUCCAUGAGUGGUCUAUGAAUGGUGGCCAAAUCAUUGACUCGUGUGAAAUACUCAAACCAGAGGAACGACCCCAACCGGGCACUCCGGUUGCCCUCGACACGGAAUUUGUUGAUCUGGAAAAAGCGGAAAUUGAUGUCAAAGCCGAUGGCUCACAAGAGAUGAUAAGACCCAAUAAAAGCGGCCUUGCACGAGUAUCAGUGUUGAGAGGAUCGGGGUUGCAUGAAGGUGUUCCAUUCAUCGACGACUAUAUCACCAUCAAAGAGACAAUCGUCGAUUAUGUGACGCAAUAUUCCGGUAUCAAACCAGGAGAUCUCGAUCCACGAACAAGCCAGCAUAAUCUGGUUCCUCUAAAGGUGGCUUACAAAAAGCUGUGGCUACUUCUGAACUUAGGGUGUGUUUUUGUCGGUCAUGGCUUGGCCUCAGAUUUCAGAAAGAUCAACAUUCAAGUGCCCAAAACACAGACCGUGGACACGCAAUAUCUGUUCUUCCACCCUGCUAAAAACCGUCGUCUAAGUUUGCGAUAUCUAGCAUGGGCAGUCUUUAAGGAAUACAUUCAAGAAGAGAACUCGGAUGUCACCGAAGGACACGACUCGAUAGAAGAUGCCCGCAUGGCUCUACGAUUAUGGAAGAAGUUUCAGGAAUACGAGGAUGCAGGCAUCGUCAAUCAGAUACUUGAGGAGAUCUUUGCUCAAGGAUUCAAAUUGGGAUUCAAGCCUCCUCCCAGGAAUGGCAAUGCAGCGCCUUCUGCUGCUGUUACUUUGACACGACCUGGAACAGCAAUCAGCAACAAUGCUCCCAAUGGCAGUGGUAGGAACACGCCCGAUCUAGCGAGCAAUACAGCCACUUCGACAGCAGGCACCAGCACGCCAUCUACACCACGACAGGCAUUCAGACGAGCGAAUGCUUUGACGCCCAGUAAUGGGACAUUUGGAGCACCCGGACAACCGGAUUUCUUUAGUGGAAGUCCGCUGAGAUACUCCACCGCAGCUGUGCCCGAAACACUACACAACCCCUCCAGUUUGAUCUCGAGCGCGUCAGUCAACAUAAGACCUCUUUGUCUGCCAUCUACAGUCUCGAGUAUCAAUCAACCUCCCCCUCCACCGCACUCCAACGCCUUCCUCAAGCAAACAAACAUGUCCCGCCACCGCAUCAAGUCCCUCGAAUACGACGACGACUACGAAGACGAAGAAUACGACGAAGUUGAUCCCGCAGAGCAAGAGCAGCUCGAGGCAUACACAAAUGAAGUUCUGAACGAGCUACGAACGGGCCAACCGCCGGUCACUGCCACGCGACAAGAAAUUCAGGAAGCUUUGUGGCAUUACUAUAAUGACGUUGCGAAAUCGGUGAAUUAUAUUCGAGGCAAGAAGGUAAAAGAUGUCAAGAAGGAAGCCGCGCCUGUGACUAAAACAAAAGUUGCUACGGGCUCAGCUUCAGAGGUCUUCAAUCUACAAAAAUUUGCCUUGGUUUCUAACAGGUAUCUUCCAGUGCCUUCCUAUCCCACAGACAAUACGCGGUCUCCUUUCCGUCCAUGCUCAGUACGCUUCUCAGCGGCCGACUUUUUCCAUGAUACUCCGUGGUUAAACAUUCCGCAUCAUCGAAGGGCUGAUAUACUUGUGGAACCCUUGUAUCCACGACUGGGUCUUCUCGGCGGCGCAUCGCAAGAAGGAAAAAUGUCGAAGUUGGCUGCCCUCGCGGCAGCACGCAAGAAAAAAACGAGUGAGAAGCCGCCGGUGACCGAAGGGCAGCUAUCGGCCCAGGCUGAUGGACAAAAGUCUGCUCCGCGCUCUUUGUCGGAACGUCUCGCGAUGAGUGGCUCUAAGCCACCUGUCAGGUCGGGGGGACUAUCAGCACUGUCCAAAGAGCGCCGUACUGCCAAUUCAAAGAGCCCCCCAAACGUUACAAGACCGAAAACUCAACCCACGCCUGAGCCAUCUGUCAAAGAGGAAAGAGUCGAGCAAGCAACGGAGGGACAGAAUUCUGAGGACGCCGCUGACCUCCGAGCCUACCCUUCCACAUUCGCAGCAACCAUCAUCGGAAUUGGAACUCGCCCUACAACACCUGAGCCUGGUCAUUUGCUUAGCUGCAGUUUUGAUGUUAUGCAUAUCUAUCAGCAAGAUGUAACUGAAGCCUUUGAUUUUGCAGGACCUAGCCCCGAUGAUAUCGUUUUCAAUGCACAGAGUGCAUCCAAAGGCCUCAAGGCAAAGCAGACUGCAGCCAAAACUGCCGGUGACAAGAAAAAGGCGCAGGAUGAUUUAUCGGGUGGCAUGAAACAGUUGACAGUGGAGCCGAUUAAGGUGAAGAGCAAAAACCUCGAUGUUGUGGCAGAAUAUCAAAAGUCCAAACAGAAAAAGUCGGCAAGUUUUGUGGUUAUUGGACAUGUUGACGCCGGAAAGAGUACACUCAUGGGACGGCUACUGGCUGAUUUGAAAGCUGUCGAUCAGAGAACUAUGGAAAGAUACCAACGAGAGGCCGAGAAGAUUGGCAAAGGCUCAUUUGCUUUUGCUUGGGUCCUAGACCAAGGUUCAGAAGAACGUGCUAGAGGAGUGACUAUAGAUAUUGCGACGAAUAAGUUCGAAACUGAUAGUACCCGAUUUACGAUUGUGGAUGCGCCAGGGCACCGUGACUUUAUACCCAACAUGAUUGCCGGAGCCAGUCAAGCAGAUUUUGCGGUGCUUGUGAUAGAUGCCGGGACGGGCAACUUUGAGUCCGGGUUGAAAGGUCAGACCAAGGAACAUGCUCUUCUGGUACGAAGUAUGGGUGUCCAGAAGGUGGUGGUUGCUGUCAACAAGAUGGAUAUCGUUGGGUGGUCGAAAGAUCGUUUCUAUGAGAUUGAACAGCAGAUCUCAUCUUUUUUGACGACGGCUGGCUUUCAAGCUAAGAACUUAUCAUUCAUUCCUUGCUCGGGGUACCACGGGGAUAAUAUUACGACGCGCAGCAAGAACGCCAACGUAGCAUGGUAUACGGGUCCUCUCCUUAUCGAAGCACUCGAGACGUCGGAACCAUUUUCGCAUGCUCUGGACAAACCACUGCGUUUGACUAUUGGCGACGUGUUCCGCGGCGGUGUCCAGAACCCACUUUCAAUAUCUGGAAGGAUCGAUGCGGGUUCUCUGCAAGUAGGUGACGGAAUUCUGGUUAUGCCUAGCGGAGAGUCGGCCGUAAUCAGGGGUCUUGAAAGAGAUGGAGAGCCCGGUGACUGGGCUGUGGCCGGCCAAAAUGUCACGUUGCACCUUGCAAACAUCGACCCGGCUCAUCUACGGUCUGGUGAUAUUGUCUGUGGUACUGGUUCACCGAUUCAGAAUAUUCAAAGUUUUACUGCCAAAGUGCUUGCUUUCGAUCAUCUAAUGCCGAUGCAAGUGGACAUUCAUCGAGGUCGACUACACGUUUCGGGCCGCAUCAGUCGUCUGGUUGGCACAUUGGAUAAAAGCUCUGGUGCAGUAACCAAGAAACGACCCAAGAUCAUCUCACCCGGCUCAAUCGCAAGGAUAGUUGUGGAAAUGGAUCAGCCAGUGCCCCUUGAGGCUCCUUCAAGAAUUGUGCUUCGUGCUGGGGGUAGCACUGUAGCGGCUGGACUGAUAGAGUGA